AGGGCUGGGGUCGACGAUAUUCGUUUGUGCAAAUUACACGAUUUCUGAUUUGAAGUGAUGUUGUGUUCAUUCUACAAGACGAUAUACAAAGUCGUGGAUGAUCCAUCAUUGGAUCCAAUUAUCUCGUGGAGCAAGAGCAACAAUAGCUUCAUCGUUUGGAAUCUGGAAGGGCUUCACCGAGAGGUUCUGCCGAAAUCGAUAGAAUUUGGCAAACAUUACUUGAAGUUCAUGACCGAACUCAAGUUUUAUGGCUUUAGAAGAAUUAAGGGGUCAGAGCAAUGGGAAUUUGGACAUGAGUAUUUUGUGAGAGGCCAACCUGAGCUUUUGGUGAAGAUGAUGUUCAAAACUGGGAUGAAGAGGAUUGAGGAACUUGCAGCCAAACGCCGAGCAAAGAAAAAGAAAGCCAAAGCUGCAGCCAAAGCUAAAGCUGAUGAAGCGGAAGUAGAGGAUCGCUUGCAACACUUGAGAAUCUGAUCAAAAAAUCUCUUCCUUUUUAUGACUGAAAUAAGCUCUUGUAUUGUUUCUAUCAAUAACAAUUUAGUCUGUCAAUAAAAUUGAUGGUUUUUUUUCUUUCUUUUCUUUCAAUCUGUAGUUUUCCUUCCUUCCUCUUACCUCUUCCGAUUGAUUGACAUGGGCUGUAAUCCUACUCGAUGAUAACCUCGUAGAGGCCGAUAUAGAAACUGUUAAGUAUGCUUGACAUUAUGUU